AUGGGAAAGGACACAGACGCCACGAGGGCGCCCGUCGACCCUGAGAGCCAGGCCAAGGCCGACGCGCCAGCUGGCUCCAAAGUAGUCCAGGACCAGCCACCGGCCUUCUCCUCGUCGAGCCACAUCGGCGGUGUGGGCGAGAACGACGAGGGCGAGUUGAUCAACUUCAAGACCCUCCACUGGCUACAAGGAGGCAUCGUUCUCGUAGCAGAGACCGUCUCCCUGGGCAUCCUCUCCCUCCCCUCCGUCCUCGCCACCGUCGGCCUCGUCCCGGGCGUCAUCCUCAUCUGCACCAUCUCCGCGCUGGCCACCUACUCGGGCCUCCUCCUCGCCGAGUUCCGCAAGCAGUACCCCUUCGUGCAGCACUUCGGCGACGCCGUCGAGCUCAUCGGCAAGCCCAUCGGCCUAGGCGGCGUCUUCCGCGAGGUCUUCGGCUGGGCGCAGACGAUCCUGCAGGUCUUCCUCAUGGGCGGGCACAUCCUGCUCUGGACCAUCUGCAUGAACACGCUCACCAACAGCGCGACGUGCACCGUGGUCUGGGCGGCCGUCGGGAUGGUCGCGUUCUGGAUCUUCAACGUGCCGCGGACGCUAAAGUACACGAGCUGGAUGUCCGCCGCGUCGUGCGUGUCGAUUGUCGUCGCGGUGCUGAUCACCGUCGUGGACGUGGCGAUUGAGAAGCCGAUUGGGGCCGGGUCGGUGGACAUCUUCCGCAAGCUCGGGUUCUCGCCGGCGUUUCUGGCCGUGACGAAUAUUGCGGGCGCGUUCUCGAGCCAUUCCAUCUUCUUCAGCGUGAUUGCGGAGUUUAAGAACCCGGACGACUGGCCGAAGGCGCUUGCGUUUUUGCAGAUUACGGAUACGACGCUGUAUUUGAUCUCGGCUGUGAUCAUCUACGUCUACGCCGGGCCUGAGGUCCCGUCCCCGGCGCUGUCGGCGGCGGGGAGUGCCACGAUCCGGAAGGCGAUUUGGGGCGUGGCGAUUCCGACGAUUGCGAUUGCGGCUGUGAUCUACGCGCAUGUCGCGUCGCAGUACAUCUUCACGCGUAUCUUUGGUAACACGAAGCAUGUCGUCAGACGGACGAAGCUGUCCACGGUUGCGUGGCUGCUGGUUACCCUCGGUAUUUGGGGUAUUGGCAUGGUGAUUUCGGAGUCGAUCCCGGUGUUCAACAACCUCCUGGGUCUCGUGUCCGCGGCGUUUGCCAGCUGGUUUUCGUUUGGACUGCCGGGCAUCUUUUGGUUGUGGAUGCACUACGGCAACUGGUUCAGCAACUGGAAGCAGAAGACGCAGUUCUUCUUUACCUCGCUACUCCUGGUUGUGGGUAUCCUGCUGUGUGUUCUGGGUCUUUGGGUGUCGAUUGAGUCGAUUGCGAGUGCUUCGGGUUCGAAACCGUGGACUUGCGCUAGUAAUGCGGCAGAGUGA